AUGGACAUUAGAGAUAGAACAUCUGAAUUUCAGAGGAGUGUGGUGACGUAUAAGAAGUUGAACAAAGCUCGUAGCAAACAAGUCGCCGAGGAAGUCCAUGUCAAACCAAAGCAAUCGGAGUUCCAAAAGAACGCCUCGUUGAUAGCACACGAUAUAUCAGAGACAGCACAACUUUUAUCUAAAUUAGCCAUUCUAGCUAAGAGGAAACCCAUGUUCAACGACAAUCCUGUAGAGAUUGCUGAACUGUCCUUCUUGAUUAAAAGGAAGAUAUAUUCUGUGGAGCAACAAUUGAUUAAAUUGAAUCAACAAAUUCAUGGACCAGAUGCACAAUUGACUAAAACUACAGGUGGACACUCCAGUAAUGUGAUGAAUCUUUUGAAUAGAAAGAUGAAGAACAUUUCGGGGGACUUCAAGAGUGUGUUGGAAGAGAGGCAGAAACUUGAGAUCAGUAAUAGAGACCGUUGGGAUAAAUUAAGUGAACAACAUCAGACCAAUAAUCAACAACAAACGACCGCAAAUGGUAACGACACGGCAAAUGGAAGUAGCAAUGAUCGUUCUAACAUGAAUAUAGGCUAUAAUAAUUCUAAUCCAUUUAUGACAACGAUGAUGGAAGAAGAUUCACAGAUACAUUCUCAACAAGAAGGGAAAACAGGUAAUGAUCAAUCAUUGAUCUUACCAGAUAGUGAUUCUCAAUUAUUGAUGAUGGAAGAAGGAUUAAGUAAUAAUCAAUAUUUACAAGAGCGUAACCGUGCUGUAGAAACCAUCGAGACUACUAUUCAAGAAGUUGGUAAUCUUUUCCAACAAUUGGCGUCGAUGGUCCAAGAACAAGGUGAAGUGAUACAACGGAUUGAUGCAAAUGUAGAUGAUGUUGAUAUGAACAUCAGUGGAGCACAACGAGAAUUACUCAAAUAUUUUGAUAGAGUGAAGAGUAACAGAUGGUUAGCAGUAAAGAUAUUCUUUAUUAUUUUUGUAUUCUUCUUAUUAUGGGUACUUGUGAACUGA